GCUAACCAUGGCGGAGGUGGGCCGCGCUGCUGUGCGCGACCCGGGUGCGCUACUCCCGGGGGGCUUCUGGGCGGCGGUGGCCGUGUGGCUGGAGAGGCCGCAGGUGGCCAACAAACGGCUGUGUGGCGUCCGUCUGGAGGCCCGGCGGAGUGUGGCGUUGCCCCGGGCCGCUGCGGGACCCCGUCCUCGCUCCCCCGGCGAGGGCCUGGGUCCCGGGCAGACUACAGGCCCGGCGCGGGGCACCGCAAUUCGCGGGCCCGGGGAAUCGCAGCCCCGGCACGGGCAAAGGGAGAACCGCAAGGAAGCGGCCGCCGUGGCUCGGCUCGCAGGGGGUUUCGGGCCGGCCGGCGAGGCUGGAGUCGGGGAGAGCGAUUCCCCUGCCUCGGAUCUGGAUUCUCUCUGGGACGCUUUCUUUCAGAGCCUCGACGGCGGCCAUCCAGAGCUGCUGGCCUUCCUUAGCGGGCCCGCGGCGGGAUCCCAGCCGGAGGCGCCGAGCGAGCUCUCCGUGGUUCUCAGAACCCUCAUCCCGAAAACAGGCCCUCGCUGCCCGCUUGCUGUCCCGAGGAGAGAACUAGUCGUGCAAGAUGUCCUCAGUGGAACUGUAACUUUUUUACCUUUGGAAGAAGAUGAUGGUGGGAAUGUAAAGGUUGAGACGAGCAACGUGUAUCAAAUCCGGCUCAGUCAGAGCCAGGAAGAAUGGUUCAUAUCUAUUUUAAUUUUCUGUCCAGAAAGAUGGCAUUCAGAUGGCAUCGUUUAUCCCCAGCCUGCCUGGCUGGGAGAAGAGCUGCUGGCCAGGUUGGCCCGGUGGUCUGUGGAGAGCAAGAAGAGCGGAUUUAAAAGCACCCUGUCCCUCAUUUCCAUCAUCAAGUACAGCAAAACUUACCAGAUGCUUAAGGAGAAGUAUAAAGACAUGGUCAAGGUGUGGCCUGAAGUAACCGAUCCCGAGAAGUUUGUGUAUGAAGAUGUGGCUAUUGCUGCAUACCUGCUGAUUUUGUGGGAAGAAGAAAGAGCUGAACUGCACUUGACGGCCAAGCAGUCCUUUAUUGACUUAGGAUGUGGGAACGGUCUCCUGGUCCAUAUCCUCAGCACCGAGGGGCACCCAGGCAGAGGGAUCGAUGUCCGGAGAAGAAAAAUCUGGGACAUGUAUGGACCACAGACUUGCUUGGAGGAAGGUGCAAUCACCCCAAGUGAUAAGACCCUUUUCCCUGACGUCGAUUGGUUGAUUGGUAACCAUUCCGAUGAACUGACGCCGUGGGUACCCGUCAUUGCAGCCCGGUCCUCCUAUGGCUGCCGUUUCUUUGUCCUUCCCUGCUGCUUCUUUGACUUCACCGGGAAGUACUCCCGGAGGCAGAGCAGGAAGACUCAGUACCGAGAGUACCUUGAUUUCAUCACAGAAGUGGGGCUGGCCUGCGGGUUUCACGUCGAGGAGGACUGCCUGCGCAUCCCAUCAACCAAAAGGGUUUGUCUCAUCGGGAAAUCCAGAACAUACCCACCUGCUGGAGAAGUUUCCAUGGAUGAGCAGAGAACCCAGUACAUUAACAGCAGGCGGGGCCACCCCGUGAGCCCACCCAGCGAGGUGUCUCUCCCUCCUCCACCCCGGGCCACAGUGGGACACGCAGGUCACCCUGAUGGGCAGCAGGCCUUGGACACCGGGGCUGCCACAGGAAGGGCGGAGAUCCAGAACGACCAACUCUGGCUGUCUGGAUUUCAGCCUAGAGAGAAAGCUGAGCGCGUGAGGAACUGUGCCACCCUUCCUCGAGAUUUUAUUGACCAAGUGGUUUUGCAAGUGGCACAUUUGCUGUUGGAAGGAGAGCAGUUAAACACAGGAAGCGCUUCCAGCAGCAGCUCAAAGGCUUGGAACCGAGGAGGAAGCCUCUCCUUGGCGGAAGUGGCCCGUGAGCUGGCUGGGGAGACACUGCAGAGGUUGAAGCGGGAGUGUGGAGGCCUGCAGACGUUGCUCAGAAACAACCAUCAGGUGUUUGAAGCCCCCAUAGGUAUGGCACCCCUGGCCAGGUCUGGCCUUAACCCUCUCCGGGAUGUGCUCAUGCCUCACAUGGAAGGAAGAGCAAGUCUGAAAGCCUCCCGGCCGGCCAGUUGUGAACGGGAGAGUUCACAUUCGCGACUGGAGAGAAAAGAAGCUACAGAGGCAGCCGCACUCGGAAGCAAAGCGAAGACUCUGCUCGGAAGCUUUCAAGACCCGCAUGUGCUGGUUCUACAGUCACCACCCCGAUGGCUGUGUUCUGCCUUCGGACAGCUGCCCGUUUGCCCACGGGCCAGCAGAGCUGCGGCCGCCACAGACACCCAAGAGGAAGAAGCCAGUUCUGUGAGCUGCUUCUGCCAUGUGCGAGGGGUACACCCUGGCUCUCUUGGGGACUGCAGACUCUGCAGGUUCAGGUGACUUCCUCUGGAUUCCCCUGUAAUGUGGCCUGUUAGUUACACGCACACCAGACGCUGCGGAAGCUGGUGUCCCUCCUGCAUCCGCCCCUGAGUCAGUGCUGGCGCUGUGUUGUAAACGAGGUCUCACCUGUGUUUAGCAUCUUUAUUCCAGAAAGAGCACAGGAGCACUUGGAGCAUCUCAUUGUCUCGAAGGUGAGGAAGUGCCUGGACCAUCUGGCCCCUCUUGGGAGCUUGGCUCGGGCUCGCUGGACUCGUGGCUGAGAGCGGGCUCACCCCAAGAGGACAGCCGGUCCUGUCAUGUCUUUAGCCAGGUCGUACUAGGUGAUGGGAAAGAAAAUCUAAAGAUCACAGAAAGCGAAAACCCCCUUGCCGUCUCUCUCUACUAGACCUCCCCAGAAGUGCUGUCAGCGGAUCUUUUGGUUCUGGAGAAAAAAAAAAAAAUCCCCUGUGUGUUUCUGUUUGAAAUUAUUUUUUCAGUUUUACAUAAAAGGUCACGUCGAUGUGCAUUGUCCUGCCCUUCAUUUUCUGCAUGGCAUG